AAACUCUUGAACGUAAUAUCGUUGUCGUCACAACCGGCGUGAUUUCAACGAGUCUCAGAAAUCAACCUUCCAUACCUCUUCGACUGUUAGGAGCGUGUUAGCCAAAAAUAUAAUCCCAGUAUAUUAACAACAGGUAUAUGAGUCAAAAGGCAGAAAAACCACAACUAUCAGGCACCCGUCUGAAGACCCGAAAAAGGGAUGAAAAAGAAAAAUACGAUCCAACCGCAUUUCGAGAUUCCAUCAUUGCAGGGCUAAGUGAAUGUGGGGGAGAUUUAGAUCAAGUGUCUCGCUAUCUGGACAGAGAAGGAUCCAAGUUAAAUUACAGAAGAUAUGCAGAAGUCCUCUUUGAUAUAUUAUUUGCUGGAGGGAUUCUUGCCCCUGGAGGAUUUAUAGUUGAGAGUGUUGAUUCUGGCAAGCCAGUCAGGUCAGAUAUUUGUGUGUUCAGGUGGGAUGGAGAGCUGGACAAACUUCGUAACUUCUACUCUGUGUUUUACAAACUCAUCCGAAGGUACAAGUAUCUGGAAAAAGCAUUUGAGGAUGACUUGAAAAAGAUCCUGAUGUUCCAGAAAGGCUUUUCAGCUGAUGAAAGAGAGAAACUGGCUAAGAUCACUGGUAUUAUUUUGGCCAAUGGUCUUUGUACACCUAGCAUCUUGCUGAGUUUGUUUGAAGACCAUCUUGUCAAAGAAGGAAUCUCAGUGGAUUUUGCUGCUAUUAUGUUUUCAACUUGGUUGAAAGAAAAGGACAUCAAUGCUAUUUGUGCUGCUCUAAAGAAGCAGCAGAUUGAUGCUAGAUUGAUGGAAAUGUUUCCCCCUAAUAAGCGUAACCAGGAAAAUUUUGCUUCAUUCUUUCGGGAACGUGGCCUUGGGGCAAUUGCAGAUAUGCAGACUGCUCAGAUGGCUUCGAAAGCAAAGAAAGAAGCCCAGAAAAACCUGGCAGAUAUGAUUAAAGAUGAAAGCUCUAUUCCUGAUAUGACAGAAUAUGUCACAGAUUUGUUGGAAAAACAAGGCAUGUCUGAAACAGAGGUCACAAUAUCGAUUUGGAAUUCAGUUAUGGCUGCUGUUGAGUGGAACAAAAAAGAAGACCUUGUUGCUGAGCAGGCUCUGAAACAUCUACGACAGUACUGCCCACUUCUUAAAGUAACAGCCCGCUCUGCUAAGUCUGAGUUGGCUUUGAUGCUUAAAGUCCAGGAAUUCUGCUAUGAAAAUAUGAAUUUCUUAAAAUCCUUCCAAAAAAUCAUCACUUUACUUUAUAAAGAUGAUGUUAUCAGUGAAGAUGUCAUUCUGAAGUGGUACAAGGACAGCCAUAGCUCAAAGGGCAAGAGUGUCUUCCUAGAACAGAUGAGCAAAUUUGUCGAAUGGUUGCAGAAUGCAGAAGAAGAAUCUGAUGAAGAAGAAGGUGAUGAAGAUUAAAGAUUUAUUGGAUUGAUGAGCUCUACUAGAAUAUGGCUAUCUUGGCCAGAGUUGAAAUCUGUUUUGCACUUCACAGUACUUUGUGUAGUACCAACCACAAAGCACUUCAUAUUCUAUAUUGUUUUCUGAACAAUCAAAUUGGCUUGUCAUUGAUUUUGGUGAAAUAUAAAAUUUAGAAAUAAUUUUAAAAAUGUACUCUUCAUAAUUUGGUUACUUGCAGCAUUUACUUUUUAUUUUUUUUUUUACCUAUGUAGCUUUAAUAGUCAAAGAGGUUGUCAUUCCAGAUGUACAUGAUUUUUUGAACGUUAGUCAUUGUUAGUUAUCGCUGUACACAUUAAUCAUGGUUUAUCUCAAGAACUAUUCUAGUUUUUACCUUCAUUGUAUUGAUGUGAAUAUGUCCAACUGACUGUUGUUAACCCCCCCCCUCCCCCCUGGAACUGAGGGAAGUGAGUUAUUCCAUCUUACACCUUCAAGGGUGACAUUCAGCUCAUUACACAGCAAGUUCUCUCUCCCCUGUCACGGUUAAAUCACUUGAAAAUCAAUAGGAAAAAGUGUUCUCACUGUAAAUGUUUUUUGUUUCAACUUGAGUUACUAGCUAGACCAUGUGUAUUCUUUUUUGAAUGCAGGAUUUAUUUUUUUCUAAGUGACUGUUUGUUAGCUGCAUAGUUUGUAUGGCCUGGCAAUGUAAAUAUGUCUGAUAUCAGUCCUAUAGCACACCUAUCUUGGUGUGUGCCCUAGAAUGCAUGCAGGUGUGAGUCUGUUUAAAUACAGUUCUUCACUUUUUGCCUUACUCCAUAGAGGUCAUUGAUGAAAAUGUGGUGGUGGAAGGUUGUCUUUUUUUUCAAUUCAAAAUCAAUGUAUGAGCCAUCAAUCAGUGCUUGUAAAAUUACUCACCUCAUUUAAAUACAAUUUUACUUAAGAAAUAUUUCCCAACUAUUGACAGUGAUUUUAAACCUUUUCUGUAUCUGUAAAUAAAACAUGCAAUCUU